CAAAGGUUUUCUACUGUAUAUACAGAGGUUCAGGUUUUGUGUUUUGGUCGCACUUCUCACUAAUAUUUUUGGCGCCCAUUUAUUGAAAGUAAAUAUAUUACAUUUUAUGUGCGCAAUCAAGUCACUUUAAUUAGAUUUAAAUCAAAUUACAUUUUGAAAAAUUUUCAACGAAAUGGACGAUUUAACAAAGCUCAAAAGAAAAAUAACAAGUUCUUUCAAACUAAGUGGCUUUCUCAUACGAUCAGAGAAUAGUGUAUAUUUAGCUGAGCAACUUCUUCCAUUCGAUGACGGAGAACGUGAAAAAUGGUUGACUGUGAUCACUGAAAACCUGCAAGGCCAGCGUUUACAAACAACACAAGUGGAACGAGGAGCACUAGAAAAAGCUAUCAAUGAAAUAAAUCGUGUUGGUUUAGAUGAGGGUGAGACAGUAUUCUCGGUUAUCGGUGCAUUCAAGGUGCCACGAUAUCACUACAAUGCCCAAAAUAAGAAAUUCGAACCAAAUAAGGAUUCACGCACUAUUUUGACACGUCCGGCUUUAAAAGCAGGACAUAUACGCGAAAGAUAUGCAAUGUUACUUCAAAAGACUUUACGGCAUGAGUUGUUUGCCCCAGCAAUAAUACAGGGAGGGAUUUCAGCAGAGUCCCAAGUGAAAAAAUUUAAAUUGCAAUAUGCAGAAAACUUACUUGCAACAUCAUCGGUAAAAGAAGCAGUUAUACUCGGAUUAUUAACACAACUGAAAGAAGGAAAAUUUUUCAUAGAAGAUCCCACCGGUAGUAUUGAAUUGGAUUUAAAUGGAACACGGUUCCAUUCCGGUUUCUUCUGUGAGGGUUGUUUCGUCUUAGCUGAAGGUUCAUAUAACAAUGGGAUCUUUAAAGUUGAUGGAUUGGGUUUUCCACCGGCGGAGCCAGCGACUAGUUCGAGAGCCUUUUUUGGCACACAAAAUAGUUGGGGUGGAGAAUCAUCGAAGUUGCUAAAAUACUCCACACGUCUACAAGAAUUGGAGAGUACAAAUACUGAGGCUACACUUGUUUUUCUAUCAGAUGUGCGUCUCGACAACCCGGUAGUUUUAGACAGAUUGCGCAUGCUAUUUGUUGGUUAUGAUUCAUGUCCACCUGUUGCUAUAAUUCUAAUGGGACCGUUCGCAGCUUCGAACAGCAAUUAUCAUUCAUUGUCUCAAAACUUAACUGCGCUGGGAGCAUUAGCUGCUGGAUGUAAUCAGUUGAAGAAGCAAACAGAUUUGAUUAUUAUACCUUCUAGUGAAGAUCCUACAGCUCCAAAUAUUUUGCCACGUGCCCCACUACCUGAAACCCUUGCAACAGGUUUGCGUAAAGCAUGGCCACGUACAAUUUUAGCAACUAACCCAUGUCGGUUGCAGUAUUGUACCCAACAGAUUGUCGUAUGCCGGUUGGAUUUAAUGGCAAAGUUCUGCCGCAAUACGUUACACUUUCCUCCCGACACAGAUAAUAUCGAACAACAUUUUGCGCGUACUCUGAUAUGUCAAAAUCAUUUAACGCCUAUACAUCCAAUCGCUACGCCCGUGCAUUGGGAUUUUGAUUCAGCUUUGUGGCUAUAUCCAUUGCCGGAUUUAGUUGUUAUCGGCGAUUCAUGCCAAAGUUUCUCUACAACUCAACAUGAAUGCACGGUGCUUAAUACUGGAUCUUUUGUGAAAUCAAAAUUUGCAUUUAAAGUUUAUAUACCAGCGAGCCGCACCAUUGAAGAUUCAGAAAUCCCAGAUGAUAUGACGAUGGAAUAAAAAUUCCAAUAUUUAUUUUUUAAGCGUAAUUGUUUCUUUUCUGUAUGUUUUUUGUGUUAUUUUAUUCAAGGGUAUAAUAAAUAUUACUUUAUUGUUAAGAACGUA